CCAUCGCCUCCACACCCCAGCACAAACCGACUCGGCCGCUGGCCCGCUGCUGCUGCUGCUGCACACGCCAUUUUUGAAUGUGAGAAAGAGAGGGAAACCCAACCAGGAGAGGGCAAUGCCGAGGUCGUCGUCCUCCUCCAAGCCGAUUCUCGGGAGGGCCAUGGCGAUCCUGGCGCUCCCGCUGACCCCGAUAUCCAAGGCCAAGGGCCCCAUCGCCAGGAACCUGCUGCUCUUCAAGAAGCGCGGCGCCGCCGGGAAGGCUCGCCGGAUGCUGUCGUCGUACGGGUACAAGCCGCACCGCCACUACAACUACGACUACGUCGGGGAGUACCAGUUCUCCCCCUCCAGCUCCCCGCUCAUCGCGUACCCUCCGGGCGUCUCGUCGUGGCGGAGGGCCACCAAGAAGCGGAGGAGCAAGGCCAGGAUGAUCCUCGCCUCCCUCCUCUGCGGCGGCGACGGCGACCUCGACGUCGCCGUGCUCGACGGCUUGCCUCGAGCCGACGAGCCGCGCGCCGCCGUGGAGUGGGAAGAGUGCCGCCGCGACGGCGGCGGCGCGUACGGCGAGGGUGAUCAGUACGAGGAGGAGGAAGAGGAGGAGGACGACGAGGGGGUCGACGGCCGGGCGGAGCGGUUCAUCGAGAGGUUCUACGAGGAGAUGAGGCUGCAGAGGCAGCGCUCUCUGGUCCAGCGUCUCCUCUGAAUCGAGCCAUCCAGCUCUGCUCUGCUCAAUGGCCUCUGCUCUGCCUUCGCUGCGUUGGAUCGCUUCACUGCCUCUUCUGCUGCCGUAGCUUCUUGGUAGGAUUAAAUUGUCGCUAUCUUAGCUGCAGCUUCUUCAUGUUCUUGUUACUUCGUUGCAUCGUUUUACCGUUGCUGCUGUAUCUGUUUAUCAGUCUGUGGGGAGAACUUUCUUUUCCCUGCUUCAAUUCAGUCUUUACAUUUCCAUGUGUUUUGUGUACUACCCUUGUUGAGCUUGAAUAUUUGUCCUGUGCUAUCUUUCUUUUUACUCUGAUGGCACAUUCAGUAAUACCAUGGUUUCUGUCAGAA